GGAGGAACAUAUAAAAACAAAAGCAAAUUAAAUUGCACAAGUGAAACCAGGAAAUAAAAGGCUCAAUCAUUAUUUUUCAGAUUAUUUGCUGGAUUGUAAGAGGCGCUCUCAAAGCUGCUGGGUUUAAAAGUCAAGGGCCAGCGCGUCUUCUCUUCUCGCCUUUAAAACGCUGAAGUAAUGAUCGGCGCGUCACCGUGACUUAACUCAUUACACACCCAGGCGUGAAAUCACAUGGAGGUGCUCUCGUGCUCACAUGACGGUCCGCACCAUGGCAGGAGGGAUCAAUGAAGGUGUUGUUCCUCCUUUUUUAGGCUCGGUUCCUGCCUAUUACAGAGAAGUGUAUGAAGCCGUCCGCUGUAGGACAGAUGAACGGGUCCAGGUUGAAGUCUUCCAGCGACUGCUCCAACGGUCGGACCUCUCCAAGGCGCUUUUAGUCCAGAUUGCCGAGCAUGUUGACUGCACCGACGGAUUCCUGAGCAAGUUGUCCCUGUAUAAAGCGCUUGCCUUGAUUGCACUUGCUCAGCAGGGGAAGCAGCCAAGCCCCAAGCUCCUGGAGAACUGCAUACAAGAGUUACCAAAACCUCAGCUCGGGGAGCCGAAGGACCUGAGCGCUCUGAGGAUGCAGCCGGCUGAGGACGACCCUCUGACACUGUCACAGACGCUGGAUCAUCUUAUUGCCAGAGACCUGGUGCAGGUGGAGCUCAUCCCCGAGAAGAAGGGCCUGUUCCUGAAGCAUGUGGAGUACCAGGUCACCAGCCAGCGUUACAAAAUGUCAGUUUACAGACGUUACAGCGAUUUCGACGUCUUCCACGAGGUUUUGCUGCAGAGGUUCGCCUACAGAAUGGUGCCAGCACUGCCGCCUAAAAGGAUGUUGAAAGGAGUCCUGACCUCCAUCUCUGAGCGGGAGUUUAUUGAGGGGAGGAGACGAGGCCUGGACAGGUUUAUUAACUUGGUGGCGCGACACCCCUUCUUCUCGGAGGAUGAGCUGGUGAAGACCUUCCUCACCUUCAGUGGCUCUGACGUUCAGACUAAGCUGCGUGACACUUACAAGAAAACAGGUGACGAGUUCAUGACCAACAGAGUUGCAACCCUGGCUAAGGAAUAUCUCCCUGCUGACAUCCAGGCUCAGUUCUCAACGAGCAGGGAGCUGAUCAGAAGCAUCCACUGCAGCUUCAACAAACUGCGCGACCGAGCUGAGAAGAUGGCGGAGCGCUCCAAGGAGAACGCCACGGACCUCCUCCUGUUCGGCAGAGAGCUCAGCGCUCUGGGCUCGGACCCCACGUCUCUCCCCCCCUUGGCCUCCUCCCAGAGCACCUGGGGGACCCUGCGCCAGUCCCUCAAGAGCCUGUCGGUGGAGUUCGCGGUGCUGUCUGACAAAGCGGCCCAGCAGGGAAGACGAGAAGAGGAUGAUGUCGUGGAGAAGCUGAGUCUGUUCCUGGAUUUGCUGCAGUCGUACAGAGACCUUUGCGAGCGUCACGAGAAGGGCGUGCUGCACGAGCACCACCGGGCGCUGCACAAGUACGGCGUGAUGAAGAGGCAGAUGAUGAGCGCCACCGCUCAGCCCAGAGAGCAGGCGUCCGUGGAGCAGCUGGAGUCCAGGAUCGUUCAGCAAGAAAACGCCAUUCAGACCAUGGAGCUGCGUAACUACUUCUCCCUGUUCUGCCUCCAUCAAGAGACGCAGCUUAUCUUCGCCUACCUCCCCAUCACGUCCCACAUUCUUGGCUCUUUCGUCAACUCCCAGGUCCAAGGCCACCGAGAGAUGGGACAGGUGUGGAAUGAACUCCAGCCAAAGCUCGGGUGUCUCUUCAGUGGUAAUAACGGACUCAAGCCCUUCAUCUGAAUUUUCAACCCACACAUGCUGUAGAGGAGAAACACUGACGAUAAUCAGAAGCUGGACACCUCGUCUGUCGCAGCGCACAGUCACGCAUAACUUCUUUUUCCUGUUGCAUAUACAUGACAUUCACUAAGAGGAUUUUAACGUACGAGUUUCACUAUCGCCUAUAUUCAUUCUCGAGUGGAAGGGACAGUGUGUCAGUUAUUUUGUGCUUUGCUUAACAAGGCCAUAAUUUCCGAAUCAAAUCUUGUCAUCAAGGCAACAAUAACCUGUAAUGGACAAAUGAAGGAUGACUCCAACGAUAUUUAUAUAAUUUUAUAUACCACGAUUGAGAUAUUUUCACUUUGUCUAUAAAAGACUGGGAUUAUUUUAAAUCUCCACCUAUAAAGGUUUUACACCAAGAAGUGACUAUAAACACAUGUAUAUUUGAUACAAAUUUUAGACUUUUGUGACUAAUAUUAUUGUGUAGUGGCAUACUUUAUAUUUUUCAUGACCACAUGUUUUUUUCUUGUAUUGUUGUAUGUAUUGUUUCUUUGCUUAAAUGGUUUGUGAGGCUCUAUUUUCUAUUAUAAGCUAUAAAGCCUGAUCUCAGACAGUUGAACUCACGCAGGCCAGAAUAUUUGAAAUGUACCAAUAAAAUAAAUAAAAUGUCAGGAACAAAACACUAAUGCUAUUGACUUUGUCCUAAAGAUAAUUGACAAAGAGAUUUAGGCCUUAACACUCCAAACAGCACCUUAGCUGCAGCUCUAUUGUAAUAUGUGUGUGUGUAUAUAUAUAUUACAAUAAUAAUCUGGCAGCUAAUGUUCUGGGAAUCACUUCAAAAUAUGAAAUUUCACAAACCAUUUUACUUAUGAUUACUGUGGAUAAUGUAAAUAUAUUCUAAAAUAAUUAAACUUCUAAAUUAAAAUGACAACUGAAGAUG